AUGAAAUCGGUCCAAAAGCAUAUUUCAUUGAUCGCUAAUGCUGCAUUUGAAGAAGAGGAUACCUCCAAAUUCGAAAGUACCAUUAGUGAUAUGAUUUUUUGUUUCCUUGAUGAACCAACUUUUUAUAAACUCCCAAUCGAAAUAGUUUCGCGUUGCAUUAAAAACUCAAAUGAAAACUUUACAGAAAAGAACGUCCAAUUCAUACUUGCAAACUUAUCAAACGCUGUAAAUAAAGAUGCGACCAAGUUGAUUGACCCAAUCAAGCCAUGCUCUUCAGAACAACUUGCUGAAGCUGUUUCCAAGGUAACUUCUUGCUCUCAGUUGCCAGCACCAAUACAAAUCCCAGAAUCAGGUUUCAUUCAAACACAGCCUCCAAAACCACUUGAAAUCUACAGGCAAUACGAUAGAGCCUGCAUAGAGCAUGCUCGCAAUAGAUAUGCUAAUGAUAUUAAGGAAAUUAUGAAAAUUAUCGAACAAUCAAAACAAGAAGCUACAAUAGGCCCCGAGAAUCUCGCAGCUGAACAAGAAAAAGCUAAGAAAGAACUCGAAGAUCAAAAGGCCCAUUACCAAGACGAAGAAGAUCAAUUCCAAAAGAAAGUUGAUGCACUUCAACAAAGAUACGACGAACUUCUUACUAAAUUCGAUGAAACACCAAAACAACGCGAAUACUUCUUAGAAUACAUGUCUCAACAACACGAAUUCCUUGAAGAAAGAGCUAAAUUAGAGAAAAAGUUAAAUGUCGAGAUUGCUCCAAUCAAAUCUGAAGUAGAAGGUUUAGUUAAGAAGAUCCAACUCCAAAAGGAUACCGAAAGGUUACUUGAAGAAGCAGAAAAGCAUAGACAUCAAAAUGAGUCAAAUUCAAAGAAGCAAAAGAAAGGAAAGGAACAGCCAAAGCAUGAAGAACCAUCAAAACACAACAAACCCCAAGGAAAACCAGCAGAUGACCAAGAAGAAAUGAUGAAAGACCUCGAAGAACAAGAAGAAGACAUUACAAAGCCAUUGGCUAUUCCUGAGAACCCAACUCCAGUCAGAGCCAUUAAUAAACCAAAGGCUGCACCUUUACCAACAAAAAUUACCAGCAUUUUCGAUGCAAUUUUGCUUCAUGAUGUUGCAGAAGUUCAAAAGUUCAUUCAGAAGAAGAAAUCAGUCGUUAACGAGCGUGGUAAAAAUAGAAUUACACCAUUUACUACAGCAGCUCUCGAAAACGACCUCGAAAUCAUGAAAAUUCUUUUCGAAAACGGCGCCGAUCCAAAUAUCGCAGAUGGAAGUGGUCGCACAGCUUUCCAUAUUGCUGCAUCAAAGGAUUCAAAGGAUAUGAUCCAGUUCCUUGCAGAUAUCAAAGCAAAUUCAACAAUUAAAGACAAAGAAGGUCGCAAACCAGUUGAUAUUGUCCGCGAACGUGAAAUAGCACAUAACACAAUGCAGGAAGCUUGCAAGAACAACGAUGUCAGAAAAUUAGGUGAAGUGCUCAGAAAGUGGCCGGACAUGGUUUCGGUUAAAUUCAGAGGGGGAAUCGCCCCACUUCACCUUGCAUCAGGAUUUGAUUCCUCGAAGAUAUGCCAGAAGCUUUUGCAGUGGGGAGCUGAUAUCAAUGCUCUUGAUGACAACGGAAAUACUCCACUUCACUACGCUGUUGAAUAUGAAGCACCUCACACAGCCAGAUACUUGCUCAGAUCUGCUGCUAAUGCAACAAUUAAGAAUAAGGACGGAAAACUUCCUUUAGAAAUGGAAGAACCACAAUAA